AUGCCGUGCAAGAGUUGUGGUCAGCCCUAUAAGGGUUUCGGCGACACCUGCGGCAGUUGCCGCAAGCUGACGCAGAGGGCGGCCACAUCCCGGGCCUGCUUUGGCUGCAACAGCUACUUCUGGGGCAACGGCACGCUGUGUGAGGACUGCCAGAAGAGUGCCGGCGAGUCGCGGACCGCAGCCAAGGCGGCCUUCGCAGCAGCCGCGGAGGAGCUCAGCAGACCGGCGCAUGCACCUGCUGAGCAGCAGGCCGAGGCCAAGUGCAAGAAUCGUGAUGCGGCGGCCAAGCUCGGCGUCGAGCAUGCUUGGACGGUGCGCCGCGGCGUGUUAAGUGCAGGCGGCCUGGGCGAGUUCGACCUCCAGGUGCUGAUACCAGGGCACGAGGACGCGGGUGGGUGCCUCCUCCUCUCGGAGCUCACGGGCAGCUUGCGGGGCUUCCUCGUAGGGCUGUGCGCCCUCUGCUUCCUGAUCGCUCUAGUGACGAAGUGCUUCUAUUGUCUCACUCCAGACGGAGACAUCUAUCCGCACCUCCUAGCGGUCGGGCCUCUGGCUGGGGUGGUGGUGCUCGACAAGAUGGGCCAGCCCAUCGACUCCACGUCCGAAGGCCAGAAGUUACGGAGGAGACACUCGGUGUACGGCGCCGACUGGGAGCCGACGCCGCUCGACUACGUAGCAGCCUUGCAGUUCUGCCGCCCCGAGGUUCUCUCCAACGGUCACCCGAGCCGGCGGCUCCGUGGGAAGCAGCCGCUGCCAGCAUCGGGAACGCCGUCAGGGGAUGGGGCAUCGAAGGUUCCGACUAACAUGGAGGUCUCAGAGGGGGCCCUGCCGACGCCGCCCGACGGGCACUGCUGGGAGAUCCUCGCCACGACGGGCUCGGACACAGCGCGCGCGGAGUUUCUCGGCGGCGCGACCGACGGGUGCGCAGUCGCAGGUGGCUUCGGGCUCGUGCUGAUGGGCUCGGAGGCGCAUGUCGUGAGAGUGGUGAAGCGUGACGAGCUCGGAGGCGACGGUGACUUAGACGCCCGGGUGCUCAGCAUCAAGGUGAAUUCCGAGGGAGAGCGGCGCCGUCUGUUCAAGGAUGCCGUCAACCUCCUCAGCGAGACGAGCUGGCCCUUCUGGCCAGUGCUCGGUCCGCGCACCACUCGCUGGUGCCUGCGGUUCCUGGCGGACCAGGGCGCUCACCCGCGGGCACGGCACGCGAAGUGGAGGCACGAGACCGGGCUCUCAUCCAGCGACCCCGGCGUUGCCGAGCACGAGCUGUGUAUGCGCGUGUUCGACGUAGCCAUGUCUUUCGACCAGCUGAACGUCAGCGAGCUGGCCUCUUUCGAAUACAUCGCGAGGCGGGCGCAGCUCAUUGAGCACCGCUACCGCGAGAGGGCCAUUGGCCGGCCCGACGGCAUCGACGGGGCCGAGGACGACUACCUCAUGAUGGGGACCUCGGAGACGCGCGGCCACCUGAUGAUCGCGCCGGAGCUCCAGGACUACAUCACGGCCGAGCUCCACCGCGAAGCGGGCGUGCUCAAGGAGCGGCGCAAGCUUCGCGAGGAGCGGGCCAUCUCUUCUCGCGGCGGCGGCGGAGGCGCCGCCCGCCGGCCGGGCCGCCCCUGGGCGUGCCCUGCCGGCUUCUCGGCUGGGAUGGUGGUCGCUCGCGAGCUGCUGCCUAUCAACCUGGCCGCCCUCUCGGCCCCGCGCGAGCCGCCUGGCGCUGGCCGCUGCAGCCGCAGCGUCUGCAGCCGGGUCCUCCGCCGGACCCUCGUCGACGAGCGCGUGCGUGAGUCGGUGACCGCCCUCAACCUUUUGUACAACCACGGCGAGGCCCAGGUCUCGCACCAACUUUCUCUCGCUCAGGUCCGUGGUGUCGAGCAUCUCCGACGUGGUUGGGAGCGACUCGGUGCCCCGGAGGUGAGCCCCGCGGCAGCCUGCAGUGAGCUGUGCGGGAGCAGGCCCGGGCAUGGCGACCCGGUGAAGACGGCUCCUUACCAGCGAGACCUCGUCUCGCUGCCGACCGGCGGGGUCCUGGCCGAGGGGGGCCGGUGCCUCGGCGGUGCGGCUUUAAGUUUCUGGAAGGAGUGGCGACAGCAUCUUUUGCGGCCCGGUGUCAGCCGGGAGGUAGUGCAGAAAUUCAAGCCCCACGUCGACAGUCGACUACGUGCGAAGGGUACCUAUGCCCAGUUCGCGUUAGACCUCCAGGCCGCCGGUUUGGUGAACCUGAGAGGCCGCCUCGACGCGACCUUGGGGGUGUUCUUCGCGUGGAAGAGUGACGGCGUCAGGCAGAGGCUGAUAUUCGAUACUAGGGGUAGCAACGAGUUUUUCAAUUCGCCAGAGUAUUCUCAGCCGUUCGACCCGUGCGUGAUGGCCUCCGACGCCUCCGGGGCCACCGAGUUCGACUUCGGGGGUUUCGGCGUCUGCGAGCGGGCCUGGGACUCGGAGGCAGUUCGAGCCGUGGCCAGCCGUGCGGAGAAGUGGAGGUACUGCGUCGAGGAUGCCAUCUGCGCCCGGGAGCAGAGUCUCGUCUCGGGCUGGCGCGACCCACGCGGGCCGGCGUUCCGCGAUGCUCCGGCGGCCUGGGCCAGGCCUGGAGGCGCGGCCGGCGCGAGCCUUUCGGCCGGCGCUGCCUUCGAUCGUGAGCUCGAGCGGACCAUCGUGCAGCGGGCCCGCGGACAGCUUGCAGCUCCGCUCGGGCUUUGUGGGCUCGGCGACGGCCUCGAUCCCGAGCUCGUCCACCUCGUCCAGUCGCUCGGGCAGUCCGGGCUCAGGGAGCCGCCGCAGCUGCUGCAGUUCGCGGCGGACGCCUCCAGGGCUGCGGCAGAGGGCCUGACGUUCCUCUCUCGAGCGGGGCACGGGACACAGCUGCAGCACCAGCGGGCCUACACCGACUUCCUGGACUGGAGCCGGGGGGAGAAGCUGAGGAUCAGCACCGUGGCCGAUUUAGACCGGGCCCUCGCCAGCUAUCUGGAUCACCUGUUCUUCGACGGUUGGAAUCGGGACCAGGGCGAGAAGACCUUGGCGGCUGUCCUUUUCUUUCGCCCGAGCCAGGGCUUGAAGCGGCCAGGGGCCCUGGAGGGCAGCCGAGCCGCACGCGAGGGUUUCAAGAAGAUGGCUCCUGGCAAGACCCGCAGACCACUUCCCAAGCAGGGGGUCUUCGCGAUCAUCGGGGCCGGCGUGUUCUGCGGCUUGCUCGACUUCUGCCUCGGCCUCCUCGUCGCCUGGGACGCGUGCCUCAGGUUGCCCUGCGACCUGAUUGGCAUGGUGGGUGGAUCCCUGGUGGCGCCAGCUCGGCGGAGCCGGAUCAACCGGUGGGCCAUCUUGCUGUUCCCCGAGGAGCUGCCCGAUCGGAGCAAGACGGGCCACUUCGACGAGGGGAUGGUGCUAGAGUCGGACGCCGUGCAGAGCGUGAGCUUCGCCCUGAAGGCCCUGAAGUCGCGGAGCCAGGCGGACGAGCCUCUGUGGCCGUUCUCCGGCCCAAGGUUCCGCCAGGAUUUCGCCGCGUGCGCCAGCCUGGCGGGGCUCGAGGACGCGCGCCCGUACCAGGUCCGCCACGGGGCCGCCUCCCACGACGCGCUGUUCAAAGUGAGGGAGUUCGGAGCGGUCCAGGAGCGGCUCAGGCACCUGAGCGAGUCCAGUACACGGCGGCACCGCAAGGGGACCCGCUACCUGGCCGAGUGCGAGAAGCUGUCCCCCGAGAUCAAGGCGUUCGGCGAGUGGGUCGAGGCCAACCUCGCCGGCCUCUUCUCCGGGCGGCUGCGCUGCCAAGCGCCACCAGGGCGCAGGGGCUGA